GUGGGUGUUCGUGAAACCAACAUAUGCUACUAUCGUUGGGGAACACGAAGUGCAAUUUAUCACUGUAAAAAAGAGAAGAUUUUUCGUUCUGAGUUGCCAAAAUCACAAGGCGGCCAAAACCCUUCUACUGUUUUCCGAUCGGCAUUGCUCCGACCAGUUAUCAGAUCAGCUCAAAUCCCUCAUUUCCAAACAACUAUAGUAGAAAGGAAUCAGAAAAAUGAAGAAAAUCUUCGGCGCUAAGAAAGACAAAGAACCCCCUCCUUCCCUUCAAGACGCCUCCGAUCGGAUUAAUAAAAGAGGUGAAACAGUUGAUGAGAAGAUCAAGAGGCUUGAUGCUGAACUAACCAGAUAUAAAGAACAGCUCAAGAAAACCCGACCUGGGCCUGCUCAAGAAGCUGUCAAAGCUCGAGCCAUGAGAGUUCUCAAGCAAAAGAGAAUGUAUGAAGGACAACGCGAUAUGCUUUACAAUCAGACGCUCAAUCUGGACCAAGUUGCUUUUGCCUCUGAGGGAAUUAAAGAUGCUCAGCAAACAAUGUCAGCGUUGAAAUCGGCAAACAAAGAUUUGAAAGGAAUGAUGAAGACUGUGAAGAUUCAGGACAUAGAUAACUUACAAGAUGAGAUGAUGGACAUGGUCGAUGUGAGCAAUGAAAUCCAAGAGUCUCUUGGUAGAAGCUAUAAUGUACCCGAUGACGUUGAUGAGGAUGAACUCAUGGGGGAGCUUGAUGGUUUGGAAGCUGACAUGGGAUUUGAGAUUGAAGGUGAUGGGGUGCCUUCAUAUCUUCAGCCUGACAAGGAACCCGAUAUGGAAGGGGAACUCAACUUGCCUUCAGCACCAUCAGGGCACGCAGCAGUACCAGCAGGCGGAGGCAACCACCAGGUUGAGGAUGAAUUUGGUUUACCUGCUGUUCCAUCGUCUAUGCGUGGUUAAUUUCAGGUGGCUUGUUCAAGUUUAAAAGUGUAUAAUGGAUUACUUCAUUUUCAGAGGGAUGAUGUUGGGGCAAACCAUUGUGAACAUCUUGUGUAAAAUUUGGUUUUGAAUGCCACAGUGUUCCGGCUUGUGUUGGAGGUUUGGAAACCUGUUGAAAUAAUUUGGGCUGUAUUUCGUGGUAGUGCCACUGUGGAACUUGUAUAACAGGAGAAAAGAGGAGAGAAAAAUUUGGUGGGGAA